AUGAAGUCUUUGCUUUGUAUCGCCCCAUUCCUAGCAUCCACUGUUGCAGCAGUGGCCAUUGCAAACGCCAAUGCGCCUGCUAUCACGGCCCGCGCUGCUUCUACUGGCAAUCCUUUCUCGGGGUAUCAGCUUUAUGCCAACUCAUUCUACGCAUCCGAAGUGAGCACUUCGGCUUUGCCAUCUAUGACUGGCGCUGCGAAGGCAGCCGCCAGCAAAGUUGCGGAGGUGCCUUCUUUUUACUGGCUUGACACGGCCGACAAGGUGCCAACAAUGGGCGAGUUUUUGGCCGACAUUGAGUCGAAAAAUGCUGCUGGCGCUAGCCCUCCUAUUGCCGGCACCUUUGUUGUAUAUGACUUGCCUGACCGCGAUUGUGCUGCUCUCGCCAGUAAUGGCGAGUACUCUAUUGCUAAUGGUGGCGUCGCGAAGUAUAAGGCAUAUAUUGAUAAUAUCCGCGCCACGCUUGUAAAGUAUGCUGAUGUCCAUACCAUCUUGGUUAUUGAGCCUGAUAGUUUGGCGAAUUUGGUCACCAACAUGGGCGUCUCGAAGUGUGCCAAUGCAUACAAUGCAUACCUCGAAUGCACAAACUAUGCCAUCACUCAAUUGAAUUUGGCUAAUGUUGCCAUGUAUCUCGAUGCCGGACAUGCCGGAUGGCUGGGCUGGCCUGCCAAUCUGAGCCCAGCGGCUCAGCUAUAUGCUCAAGUCUACAAAAACGCAUCUAUGCCUGCCUCUCUACGGGGACUGGCAACUAACGUUGCUAACUACAACGGCUGGUCUCUGACUACUUGCCCAUCGUAUACGUCAGGAGACUCUAACUGCGACGAGAAGAGAUACGUGAAUGCAAUGGCUCCCCUACUUCAAAACCUAGGUUGGAAUGCUCAUUUCAUCACCGACACUGGACGUAACGGUGUCCAGCCAACUCAGCAGAACGCCUGGGGUGAUUGGUGCAACGUAAAGGGCACUGGCUUCGGAGUUCGUCCCACUACAGACACUGGAGACAGCCUCGAGGAUGCGUUUGUCUGGGUCAAGCCUGGUGGUGAAAGUGACGGUACCUCGAACACGAGUUCAUCUCGAUACGAUGCUCACUGCGGAUACAGCGAUGCUCUGCAGCCAGCUCCUGAGGCUGGUACUUGGUUCCAGCAUCUUUGUUGGGGCUUCCAGCACCCUGGGUUGAUCCGCCCAAGUUCUGUGGUUGCCACGUACCUGCUCCCAGUGCGCGCCUGGUCUGAACGGAUCCUUUCAGCAAUAUUAUCCACCAUGAUGGAGGACUUUAAUAGCGAGACGGAUAGUGAUUACACGAGUUACUGGAGAGACUGGUUUGUCUCGUCCCGAGGAAACGAGUACUUCUGCGAGAUCGACGAGGAUUACUUGACAGAUCGGUUCAACUUGACGGGUCUGAACACCGAGGUUCCGUACUAUCAAUAUGCGCUGGACCUGGUGACUGAUGUCUUCGACCUUGAUGCCGAUGAUGAUCUGCGUGAGCAGAUCGAAAAGUCUGCUCGUCACCUCUAUGGGCUUGUUCAUGCUCGCUACAUUGUGACUACCCGUGGUCUUGCUAAAAUGCUUGAUAAGUACAAGAAGUGCGACUUUGGAAAGUGCCCUCGCGUUAUGUGCGAGGGACACCCACUUUUGCCCAUGGGCCAAUUUGAUCUCCCCAACAUGAGCACUGUCAAGCUAUACUGUCCCAAGUGCGAGGACAUCUACAACCCCAAAUCCUCUCGACACGCUUCCAUCGACGGCGCCUACUUCGGAACCUCUUUCCACUCUAUCCUGUUCCAGGUAUAUCCCGCUCUUAAUCCCGAGAAGAGUAUGCGCCGCUACGAGCCAAAAAUUUACGGCUUCAAAGUCCAUGCCGCGGCCGCGCUCGCCCGCUGGCAAGAUGGCUGGCGUGAGGAUUUGCACUGGCGCCUAGCUGAGUUUAACAUGACCCACAAAUUUAUCGAAGAAAGCGAGAGUGAAGAAGAUGGCUUCGACUACGUUGAAGAGCCCGAGGGUACUAAGGUCGACAAGGUGGUGGCAGAGACUGCAUCGGGUCGGAUGGAUCUGGGCAAAUAA